AUUACUUUAAUAUAGAGAAUUUGAUUCAAGAAGGAUGGCCCAACACACUGAGAUUACAUUUGAGGAAGGAUGGCUUUACAUACAGAAAGGUGUUACCAAGCUGAUAAAGAUUAUAGAAGGAGAUCCUGAACCACCAUUUGAUGCUGAGCAAUAUGUGAAUCUUUAUACGACUGUCUACAAUAUGUGCAACCACCCUCCUGGUUACUCAAAACAGCUUUAUGAAAAGUAUCGUGAAGUAAUUGAAGAUUAUACUAUCCAAACGGUGUUGCCGUCUUUAAGGGAGAAGCAUGAUGAAAAUAUGCUAAGAGAGCUUGUUAAGAGGUGGGAUAACCAUAAAAUUCUGGUUAGAUGGUUAUCAAGAUUCUUUCUUGAUGUUGACUGUUACUUAGCUCGUAGAGGCAUUCCAAGACUGAGAGAAGUUGGCUUGACAUGCUUCCACGAACUGGUUUAUCGUGAGGUGCACUCCAUAGCCAAAGAAGCUGUAUUAGAACUUGCUGAAGAGUCUCUAAUAAUGGAAAGGGAGAGAGUCACUCAUUACCUUCAUUCAACCACUGAACCCAAACUACUUGAGAAAGUACAAAAUGAAUUGUUGGUGGUGGUUGCAAAACAGCUUCUAGAAAAGGAGCACUCAGGGUUCCGUGCAAUGCUAAGAGAUGACAAGAAAAAUGAUCUCUCUAGGAUGUACGGGCUCUAUCAUCCAAUCCCUCAAGGGUUGGAACCUCUUGCAAACUUAUUCAAGCAGGUAGUAAAUGAGCUACAAGAGAAGUACAUAGACUAUGUCACUGAGUGUUUUCAGAACAACACCAUCUUCCAUAAGGGAUGGUCCAACAUUCAGAAAGGUAUUAUCAAGCUGAUAAGGAUUCUAGAAGGAGAGCCUGAACCACCAUUUGAUUAUGAUGAAUAUAUGAAUCUUUACACGAUUAUCUACGAUAUGUGCAACCAGAGAUCCGAUUACUCACAGCAGCUAUAUGAUAAGUAUCGUAAAGUAAUUGAAGACUAUACUAUACAAACGGUGUUGCCAUCUUUAAGGGAGAAGCAUGAUAAAGAUAUGCUAAGAGAGCUUGUUAAGAGGUGGAAUAACCAUAAAAAUAUGGUCAAACGGUUAGGCAUGUUCUUCUGUUAUAUUGACCGUCACUUCGUUCAUCGGAGUAAGAUUCCAAUUCCAACACUAGAUGAAGUUGGAUUGUCAUGCUUUCUUGACCUGGUUUAUCAUGAGAUGCAGUCCACAGUCACAAAAGUUGUAUUAGCACUUAUUCAUAAAGAACGUGAGGGCGAACAGAUUGAUAGGGCACUGGUGAAGAACGUAUUAGAUAUUUAUGUGGAGAAUGGGAUGGGAACUAUGGAAAAAUAUGAAGAGGAUUUUGAAAGCUUCAUGCUUGAAGAUACUGCUUCUUACUAUUCUCGCAAGGCGUCAAGGUGGAUCGAGGAGGAUUCUUGUCCUGAUUACAUGAUAAAGGCAUGUCUACGAGACUACGACUAUGGUAUCAUUCGAUUUCAGAAAAAGUGUGUAUAUAUUAACGUCAUUAAUUUUGUAUUGCAGGUUGAAGAGAGUCUAAAGAGGGAGAGGGAGAGAGUCACUAACUAUCUCCAUUCAAGUACUGAACCCAAAGUAGUUGAGAAAAUACAAAAUGAAUUGUUGGUAAUGGUUGCAAAAAACCGUCUAGAAAAUGAGCAUUCAGGGUGUUGUGCAUUGCUAAGAGAUGACAAGAAGAAUGAUCUCUGUAGGAUAUACAGUCUUUAUCAUCCAAUCCCACAAAGGUUGGGACGUGUUGCAGACUUAUUCAAGAAGCAUAUUACUGAAGAGGGGAGUGCUCUUAUCAAACAAGCUGACGACGCAACCACUAAUCAACUACUAAUUGAGCUACACAAUAAGUACAUGGUCUAUGUCACCGAGUGUUUUCAGAACCACACCCUCUUCCAUAAGGUUUGAGUUUGUUCAUGUGUGUUUAUCUUUUCCCACAAUAAUAAAUUGAAUGGCUAUAC